AGACAGACCAUGACAAAGUUCUGUCAAGAGCAUUUGGCUCCGAAGGCCCAACAGAUUGACCAGGAAAAUGAAUUCAAAGACUUGCGGGAGUUUUGGAAGAAACUUGGGGAACUGGGAGUUCUGGGGAUCACGGCUCCUGUGGAAUACGGUGGAUCUGGUUUGGGGUAUCUGGACCAUGUGCUGGUGAUGGAGGAAAUUUCUCGCGCGUCAGCAUCUGUUGGUCUUAGUUACGGUGCCCACUCAAACCUUUGUAUCAACCAGCUAGUGCGUAACGGCAACGAGGCCCAGAAAAACAAGUACUUGCCCAAGCUAAUCAGCGGGGAGCACAUUGGAGCCUUAGCAAUGAGCGAACCCAAUGCUGGAUCGGAUGUUGUGUCCAUGAAGCUGAAAGCAGAUAAGAAAGGAGACUACUUUGUUUUGAAUGGGAACAAAUUUUGGAUCACCAAUGGGCCACAUGCAGAUGUUCUCAUCGUUUAUGCUAAAACUGACAUUAAUGCUGUUCCAGCCUCCCAAGGCAUAACUGCGUUCAUUGUGGAGAGGGGAAUGCCAGGUUUCAGCACAGCCCAGAAGCUUGACAAGCUGGGAAUGAGAGGCUCUGAUACCUGUGAACUGAUCUUUGAAGACUGCAAGAUCCCCGCUGAAAAUGUCUUGGGGAAGCUGAGCAAAGGAGUCUAUGUUCUGAUGAGUGGAUUGGACCUGGAAAGACUCGUGCUCUCUGGCGGGCCGCUGGGGCUCAUGCAAGCUGUUCUUGACCACGCAAUUCCAUACCUGCAUGUAAGAGAAGCAUUUGGACAGAAAAUUGGCCACUUCCAGCUCAUGCAGGGCAAAAUGGCCGAUAUGUACACGCGGCUGAUGGCCUGUCGGCAGUACGUCUACAACGUGGCGAAGGCCUGUGACCAGGGCCAUUUCAAUGCAAAGGACUGCGCCGGAGUGAUCCUGUAUUCAGCAGAGUGUGCUACCCAGGUGGCUCUGGAUGGGAUUCAGUGCCUGGGUGGGAACGGCUACAUCAAUGACUAUCCUAUGGGGCGUUUCCUGCGUGAUGCCAAGCUCUAUGAGAUAGGGGCAGGCACCAGUGAAGUGCGCAGACUGAUCAUCGGCAGGGCGUUUAAUGCCACUUUCAAGUAACGUCCAGCAGUGGAGAGGCAGCACCCUGACCACCACGAGGCCUUUGACCAUAGAGGCUGGAGCGCACAGCUCUUCUUUUUUGCUUCCUGCUUGUGAUUCUGCGAUCGCUUGUGGACUCUUUUCUGCCUGCUCUGUGAACAGAUGCUGCUGGACUGGGCUUUGACAGAAUGAAUCAGACCAUAGCAUGGAAGGAAAAGUGGAGUGUUUUUCCCUUCUUGUGAUCAUCCUGAUUCAUUCUGUUCGUAAGCCAUCCUGAUUCUCAGCGUUACAGAGCUGAGGUUCAUCCAGGGGACAUCUUGCCAUCGAAGCAGGCUGGCGAGCUGUGUGCCUGGAACAAGAGGCAGCCAUUGCCGAGCACAGAAAUUCAACCCAAAAGGAAAAAAAAAAAAAAAAAAGGACAAUAAGGGAACAAUUUUGUUCUUUUAAAAAAACCUGAGUGCCAUUAAGUAGCUAGCGUUCAGCGUAGCACCAGUGGAAGGUGAAAUUUCCCAUUGUGCCCUUCCAGUGGGAUGAAUAGUUUCCAUUUUGGGAACCCGCUGCCAACUGCAUCACGGGGGUGGCUGUCGUGAACACUCAAGCAUCAUCGAUGCACAAGCAGUGUUUUAGGUGAUGCUUCCUAAAACCUCGUUAAAAUACCCCAUCUGUUUCUUUGCAUACUUCC